UCUUAAGCAUAUCUUCUAUACCCCCAUUUCAUAGUUUAUAGCAAGAAAGCUUAUAUCCUAGCUUGAAACACUUUGCUCAAUAUGUUUACUGCUACCAACAGCCAAACUACCCACCCUCACCCUCAGUUAGUGUCCAAAGUAGGGAUUAUUGGAGCUGGUAUUAGCGGAAUUUCCGCUGCUAAACACCUCUCAACAUAUAAUCCCGUCGUUUUCGAGGCUACCGAUUCCAUUGGUGGUGUUUGGAAACACUGUUGUUAUCGCUGUACUACCCUCCAAACACCACGAUGUAAUUUCGAGUUUUCUGAUUAUCCUUGGCCAAACAGGGAUGAUCCAAGUUUUCCUUCUUACCAGGAAGUGUUGGAUUAUUUGCAUGGUUAUGCCAAACACUUUGAUGUGUUGAAAUACGUCAAGUUCAACUCAAAGGUGGUAGAAAUUCGAUAUGUCGGUAAUCCUUCUGAUUCUGAAAACAUGAAUCAAAAACCCGGCGACUAUGGCAGCCUCUUGAAUGGAAAUCCUGUUUGGGAAGUUGCAGUUCAAAUGUCCACUGCCAGUACCGUUCAGUGGUACGCGUUUGAGUUUCUGGUGUUGUGCACUGGAAGGUACGGAGACAUACCGACGCUGCCGUCGUAUCCGAGCAACAGAGGUCCGGAAAUAUUUCAUGGGAAGGUGUUGCACACCAUGGAUUACUCUAAACUCGAUGAAAAAAGUGCUCGUUUACUUCUUGAAGGAAAGAAAGUUGCCAUUAUUGGCUACAAAAAGUCAGCCAUUGAUCUAGCUAUGGAAUGCUCACAAGCAAAUCAAGGUUCAAAUGGCCAACCAUGCACAAUGGUGAUAAGGACUUUACACUGGCUUGUUCCAUCUUACCGGAUAUGGGGAUUACCACUUUUCUUGUUUUAUUCAACAAGGUCUUCUCAAUUUCUCCAUGAAAGGCCAAACCAAAGUUCCUUCGAAGAAAUGCUAGGCACUCUUUUCUCACCUAUGAGAAUGGCAAUUUCAAAGUUCAUAGAGUCAUAUCUGUUGUGGAAACUUCCUCUAGAGAAAUACAAACUAGUACCAAAUCAUCCAUUUGAAGAGGACUAUGCUUCUUGUCAAAUGGCUAUAGUUCCUGAACAUUUCUUUGACGAGGCAAACAAGGGAAAAAUAUUAUUCAAAAAAGCAUCAAAUUGGUGGUUUUGGUCUGGAGGAAUUGAAUUUGAUGACCAAACCAAAUUGGAAGCAGACGUUGUGAUUCUUGCUACUGGUUACGACGGCAAUAAAAAGCUCAAAUCUAUACUUCCUGAGCCUUUCAGAAGUUUGGUAGUUGACUCGACCGGGUCCAUUCCCUUGUACAGGGGCGUUAUCCAUCCAUUAAUUCCGAACAUGGCAUUUGUGGGUUACAUAGAGAGUGUUUCCAACCUACACACAGCAGAGAUAAGAAGCAAAUGGCUUGCUAAACUUGCAGAGGAUGCAUUCAAGCUUCCCAGUGUGGAUAACAUGCUUGGACAAAUUACCAGAGAUAUAAAAGCCAUGAAGAGGACGACCCGAUUCUACCAGGAAAAGCCCUGCAUUUCCACAUUUAGUAUCAACCACAUCGAUGAGAUGUGCAAGGAGAUGGGGUUGAAUCCUUGGAGGAAAAGUAACUGGUUUUCUGAAGCUUUUAGCCCUUAUGGCAGCCACGAUUAUUAUGAACAAGAUAACUGAAUGGAUCUCUCAGAGAGAAAUUAUCUAUCAUAUAUAAUCUUGAGAAGCCUAGGUAGCUAAUUAUACUAUAAAUUAAAAAUAAGGACGUGUUAUGCACGUGUAUUAUUAUAGGAUUAUAUUAUAUACAGUAUAGGGAUAUAUAUAUAUGUCACAGGGAAUGGGAUGAGAUGGUCCCUUUUUACCUUAUUUAUCAAUAAAAACACAAAAAGUGGUUAGAUAUGUUACUUCGUUUCUAUAUAUAUGUUGUACUCAAUUUCACAUAAAAUUGGAAAAGACUCUCUCGUUUAUAUGAAAUGAAUGACUAGUAAAUAAUAUGGACCUCAAAAUUGGAAUA